ACACGAUUUUCACAUAUACAAUAGUUCCUCUGAGCAAAAUUUAUGAAUAUUUAUAGACAUUUAAAGCGUCUAUAAAGACGUUUCAUGUUUUUAAAAGAAACAACAUGCCAUUUUACUUAUUAUUUCAAAGAUAUAUUAUUAUUAUUAUUUAAUUAGUAAGUUAUCAUCGUUUUUAUUAAUUUAGUUUAGUCUAACAAGCAAAUGUUUGACUGACAAGCUUUUUUAUAAAUAAUAUUUCCCAGUGAAAGCAUUUGUACACUAUGAACAAAUUACUCAAAAUGAACAGGUAAACUUAAUUGCCACAGUUAAUAAAAACAAAUAAGUAGAAUCAAUGCACAACAUUUAAAAUGUCAAUGUGGUUUGUUACUCUUUGUACUUGACACUAUGUAUAGUAGCCUAUAGCUAGUAGAUUUCUAAAAUAUGAAUUUGCUGCAGACAAAUAUGGGAAUAUUUACAGACGCUGGAACAAAAUGUUACAAUCGCUCCUUUUUAUGACAUAAUAACGCACUAAAAUAUUUUGACACUCUUAACAAAAUCGAACAGGGAGCCUAACUAAUCAUUUUUAUGUUUUUUAAUACUGAUAAACAAAUAAUCAAAACAAUAGUCUAUGUUACUUAUGUAGAGGUAAUGCCUUAAUGUAACAAACAGUUCUGUUCUAAAUAUAAAUAUGAUGGUGCAGUGACUGAAUGUGUUAUGGUCGAAUUACAGUGCUGCAAUCGAAAAGAUGACUGUCCGGCACCCGUUCAGUUCAGUACCCGCAUACCGCCAUCACAUCCGUGACCGCAUUUUUCUCGGCUUGCAUAACAUAUCGCGUGACUUACUAGGUUAGUAACGUGAGGGAAAGGACAGCGGAGAAGGCGGUGUUGAUGAUGGUAGGAGGAGAUUGUGCGCCGUUGUCUUCCGCGUUUCCCCGGAUUUCAACCACUGUCCUGAUUCCAUCGUGCCCUCUCCUUGCACGUUUUUACGCUCAGCCCGCCCUCCCAAUUCAGUUAGUUGAAAAGAAAAAAAUUAAAUCAAUUAUACGGGACUCGCCGUACCCCCCUCCGCCGUCACAUCUCCUUUUUCUCUCCCCCCCUUUGCAAAUAACCACCACCGCCUUCGUUCUCCACAUGCAGCAUCGGAGUCCUGGGCCCCGGCGUACCGGCUCCAGCCAUGUCGGCGAGGAAUACAGAGGCUGGCAGCGGUGACGGAGCGACGGGGGAAAAGACGGGUAACGCCGCUUAAAACAAUACAAGAGAUGCAUUAGAGGAAGAACCCCAGGGCCUCUCUGUCUCUCUGUCUGGUUUGAUGACCCCCACCUCAGCCACCGGCAUGGCUUCUGGCAUGGAGCUGCCCAGGAAACGGAAAGGCAGCAUGGACAUCCCAGAAACAAAAUCUGCAUCAAAUCUAGAUGAGGAUAUGGAGGACGACCAGGGAAGAUCAGAAGGAGAUGACCAGCACUUAAAAAUUAAGUGCAUCAGGGAACCUCACAGUCAGAUCGAGAAACGACGGCGAGAUAAGAUGAAUAACUUGAUUGACGAGUUGGCAGCGAUGAUUCCCACCUGUAACCCCAUGUCCCGCAAGCUUGACAAACUCACUGUGUUACGAAUGGCUGUCCAGCACCUCAAAUCACUCAAAGGAGCGACCAACUCCUUUGCAGAAGCCAAUUACAAACCUGCAUUCCUCCCAGAUGAUGAGCUCAAGCACCUUGUCCUAAGGGCUGCGGAUGGAUUUCUCUUUGUGGUUGGCUGUGAUCGUGGAAAAAUUGUCUUCGUCUCAGAAUCUGUUUCAAAAAUCCUGAACUACAGUCGGACGGAGUUAAUUGGACAGAGCCUGUUUGAUUAUGUUCAUCCAAAGGACAUUGGAAAAGUGAAGGAACAGCUUUCUGCCUCUGAACUCUACCCGCGGGAGCGCCUCAUAGAUGCCAAAACGGGGUUGCAGGUGCAGGCUGAGCUCCCACUCGGAUCGGCUCGUCUUUGCUCUGGAGCCCGGCGCUCAUUCUUCUGCCGAAUGAAGUACAACAAAGUUACCAUCAAAGAGGAGAAGGACUUCCAGGCGGGUGCCUCAAAAAAGAAAGAGUCCCAGCGGUACUGCACUGUGCACUGCACGGGCUACAUGCGCAUCUGGCCCACGCGCCAGCUGGGCACGGAGGGGGAGGCUGAGGUGGACAAAGAGAGCUCCCACUUCAGCUGCCUGGUAGCAGUGGGCCGUGUACACCCCCACACCCUCCCUCAGGCCAACGGAGAGAUCAAGGUCAAGCCCACCGAAUUUGUCACCCGCUACGCCAUGGAUGGCAAAUUCACCUUCGUGGAUCAACGAGCCACCACUAUUCUGGGUUAUUUACCCCAGGAACUGCUAGGCACAUCCUGCUAUGAGUACUUCCACCUGGAUGACCUGCCUCAUUUGGCGGAUAGACACCGAAAAGUGCUGAGGAGUAAAGAGAAGAUUGAGACGAAUUGCUAUAAGUUCAAAACGAAAUAUGGGUCUUUCGUCACCUUACAAAGUCAGUGGUUUAGUUUUAUAAAUCCCUGGACCAAAGAAGUAGAAUACAUAGUGUCAACCAACACAGUAAUAUCCGGUAAAAGUAAUCCAGGUGGAUCAGGAGAUAAAGCCGAGCAGCCUAGCAGUUCCAAGGCCUCGGAGGAUGAUGCCAAGAAGUCUCAACAAGUUCCAAUCAUCCCAGGGAUCUCCAGUGCAUCUGGCAUGAUUUACGCUGGGUGCAUAGGGACCCAAAUCGCUAAUGAGAUAAUGGACUAUAAUAGGAUGAACUCCUCACCAUCCAGCGGCAAUACAAGUCCUUUCAGUGUACUGCAGGACAAGUCUCCACUGGCCCUUGCGCAGGCCAGCAGCAACGUGCCAAAUGGGGAAGUAACAGAUGUGGAGAUGCCUGGCAAAUCAAGCUCAGAGGAGGAAGCGCGGGGUGGGGCCUUCACAGUGGCAGAAAAUCUCAUGGAGGGGAGCUCUCAGUUGGAUCUUGAGGGGGUUCCUGGGUUGGGCGCUCUGAGCACUGACGAGGCAGCCAUGGCGGUCAUUAUGAGCUUACUGGAGACAGAUGCCAACCUGGGUGAGGCCGUGGACUUUGACGAGAUGCAUUGGUCUCUGUGAACACUCAGCUCCAAUUUUUUUUUUUUUUUUUUAAGACCCAUCUUAUCUGGAGCUUUUUAAAAUGAACCAUCCAUUAAUUUUCACUGGGCAGCAAGCCUUCGACAAUUCUUUGAAUUUAUGGUUUUAAUUUAUUAGUGUUUUUUAAUGCGUCUGGACAAGCUGCAUGGCAGGUUAUCCGAUGGCUGCCUUUGGUGAAGGAGAACCAAAGGGGACGGGGGUCUCUCUGAGUACCUUAAAGCUGAGUACCUUAAGCAACAGGACCAGGUUUUAUGUGGUCUGGUGUGCAUUUCUUCAUCUCAGCUCUGAGGUCACUGCUACCCCUUGGCAUGGAUCAGAACGGAGAGACGUUCUUGGCCUGUUUUGCCAUGUUGAGAAACACAUGCUUCAGCCAAGCCAUAAUGCAAGAACUCAAAUGGUCCACUGUGAUCCAGUGGUGUAAGGAUUUCAAAACUGUUUCCUUAGUCAAUCAACACUUGAACUGUACAUGGAUGCUUUGAGGCAAAGCUGGACAGAUUUUUUUAUAUAUAUAUAAAAACGUCAUGGGAUUCCUUUGGCAAGGGAAGCCUGGUAGUUAUUUUACCCUUUUAGAGCAGAAAUCAUCUUGAAUUCAAUGUUUCAUGAUGAACGAGUGGAACAAUGGGGAGGGGUAUUGGUAAGCGCUUGUGGUUGUUUGUCGAACAGAACUACUUGAAAAGACUGUGUGGAAAAAUUGGAAAUUUGAGGUUCACCGUUAGGCCUGUCAUUUGUGUGUAUUUCCUCUCUACUCUACAAAUCUGUUUGUGAAUGUGCGCUUUUCUGUCAGACCUAAGUCUGGCCUGCCAGGGCUACUCUACUCUUGAAAUAGGACCAUCACUACAAUUCACAGGGCCUAGGACAACAUUUUUACUGAUGGGCCCAAUGAGUAAGCUGUAUUAUAGCGGACCUGGGAAAAUGUUCCCAGCUGUCUCCCCUUCAGGUGUAUAAUUAUUAGAUCUUCUGUUCUGAAGGAAUGCCUGGAUGGAGAUCAGCAUCCGGCAAAAUGAUGAUUGGAAACUCUGGACAAAGUUGUCUGCAAAUAAGGGCAGGGUCUCUCAGGGAACAAUUCAUGGAAACCCCUUCUCAAAAUCCUUUGUCGGAUCAGCCAAGUACCACUUUUUAGAUACUUGUGUUAAGAUGGUGUUGAAGACUUAAACAUUGUUCAGGGCUUCAUCCUUUCAUUAGGUCUUCUUGUUCAGUUAUGUGCAAAGACGUAUAAUAUGCUUAUGUGAUCAGAACUUAGUAGGUGAUUGUUGUUUAAACUUUGUAUUUUAGAAUGAAAUCCCAUAAUUUUAAUUAUGGGAAUAAAUUAAUGUCUACUCAACUUCAAAAUACUAACAAUCACUUUGUAUAGCGUAAAACUCAACAAUGGAGAGAUGGUUGCACAUUCUUCCUGCUUCAAGCUAAGAUUUAACACAAAUCCAACCAUAAAGUUAUGAUGGUAACCCACUUUUAAAGGUAUAAUUCACCCUAAAAUGAACAAUUUAUAAUCAUUUACUCACCCUCAUGUCUUUCCAAACCUGUGAGACUUUCUUUUAUGGAACACAAAUGGAGAUGUUUAGAAGAAUGUUCACACCAAAUACCAAUUUCAUAUAAAGAAAGUCAUUUGUGACCAGGGGCUGUCAAGCUUAAAUGAGGACUGAAAAGCAUCAUAGAAGUAGUCCAUAGAUUUGUGCUCCAAUUCAAAGUACAACUUCCACCUCUAUAAAUCUCAAAUCUUAUUUGCGGCAUUUUCUUGGUUUCACUGUUGCGUUUUACCUUAUCUUAAAGGUUUAGUUCACCCAAAAAUGAAAUUUCUGUCAUUAGGUACUCACACAUGUCGUUCCAAACCCGUAAGACCUUCAUCUUCGUCAAUACUGUGCAAUGUAAAUAGCAUAGCAGAAUGACAGGAGAGAGACGAAUUUGUUGAAUAAAGUCGUUAUUUUUUUUUAAAUUUUUUUUUUUUUUGCGCACAAUAAGUAUUCUCGUCGCUUCAUAAAAAUUGAGGUUGAACCUCUGUAGUCACAUGGACUAUUUUAACGAUGUCUUUAAUACCUUUCUGGACGUCAAAAGGUGCAAUGACAUUGCUGCCUACGUGUGGAUCAGAUUCUUUCGGAUUUCAUCAAAAUUAUCUUAAUUUGUGUUCCGAAGAUAAACAAAGGUCUUAUGGGUUUGGGACAACAUGAGGGUGAGUACUUAAUGACAAAAAUUUCAUUUUUGGGUGAACUAACCCUUUAAGGCUGGAAUACACUACACAACAUUUGUCCAGAUUUUUGCCCUGAUUUACAGUCUGGAGGAGUCAUUGCUAGUUGCCAAAAGUCAGAGCCAGUCUUUAGAUUUUGGUCAGUCAGAGUUGACAGAUUUCAAAGAAAAUCACAUAGUGUAUGAUGGGCACAGACUUCGAUUUUCUAGCAUCAUACUAUGAUUCCAUGCUGUCAGAGGAUAUGAAGCAUUUUUAAUAUUUUGAGCCAUGUUUUCAUUUUUCAUACAUCUAACAAUGAGGCAUGUUUCUUUGUGAUUUUGUUGUGUUUGGAAUUACUUUAAAGUCUGGUAGAGUGUGAUCCUCAGUUGUUCAGUGUAUGAUGUCCAGUUUUUUCCUGUAACCAUUUACAAAGUCGGCAAUUGUAUGAUGCCUAGUGUUUUAAAAUCUGUUCAGAUUUUAAGUCUUGUAGUGUAUACCAGCCUUUUAGUACAACAAGACGGUGAGAAAAAUAAUGCUGGAAUUGUCAUUUUUGGCUGAACUAUUACUUUAACCUAAGGCAAGAGACCUAAGAACAGAAUGUUUUUACAGUUUUAAAAUAGUAUUAAAUUAAUUUUUGAAUAGAUAAAUCAAAAGUCAAUGUCCACUGUAGAUUUCAGCCCAUUUCAGCCUUGGAAACAUGACACCUCAUUUUGGGCAAAUGAUCUUCAUAGGCUGUUAAAAUGAUAGUUUUGCUCUCAAAUGCCCUUUCUUGUAAUAAUUCCAUGUUUUUUAUAUUAUAAAUGAGGUCUUAUUUGCAUAUGCACAUCCUUGGUAUACUAAUUCUCUCUCUGACUUUCUCUUUCUAUAUUUCUCACUCUUAAAUGUUUUCCAAAACAGUUAUCUGAUUCUCCCGGAUAAUCGUUCAGCUCAGUGAAUUUACAUUUCAGCGUGGCUUUGUAUCCAAUUUUGCACAUUUUCUUCCAAAAUUUUGCUUCCCUUGUUACUGGUGACCUUUCAUUCAGGUGGUCAGCUUACUGAACUGCUUUACUGUGACGGUGCACAUGUGCCACAGGAUUAUAAUGACCUGGUGAUGGAAAUGGCCGAUUUUGACCAAUUAUACCAAAGCAAUUUGACCGCAGACAUAUUUCAAGUACCCUUAACGCUCAGCUGCCCUGUGCUGUCAGAUGUCCUGUGAUUCUAUGACUAUGGUGCGAGCUGCUUUUUAAAAAAAAGUCUUCAUAUCAUUGUCUACUCUGUCACAUGCUGCCAAGAGCUUACUUGAAGGGAGGAAUCCACCCACCCCAUCCAGCUGAAAUGAAAUACUGCUAGAUGAUGUAAUCAUUAUGGGUUUUUAUUGUGAAAAUACGUCUUGCUGUGAUUCAUUGCUCACCCAACGCUUGGCUUUGUAAAUGUACCGUAUUACCCCGAAAUAUAAAAGUGGCUUUUCCUUUAAACCUGACUGAAAUUUCAUGGGAUCAACUGUAAGUGCUAGCCAAUCACAGUUCUCGUAGGAUGGCCGGUUAGGGGUUUUGAUGGGGCAGUUUUAGCCUUAGGCACAGGAACAGCUGCUUUGUUCGUCUCGAUGUACAAGCGUUGAGCUGUGCCAUAACUGCAGGCUGGUCCUAAAAGAGGUAAAAUGACAAUUGUGAGUUUCUUACUAUCCACUCCCCCACAUAGCUUCACUGGGUUUUAAUGUGACUAUGUUCUGUUUGGAGUGUCGUUCUGCUGUUGCACUUGGCAGAAAUCAAGUACUGUACGUAAGUUUAAACCACAGACCUUUUCUUCUUUCGCUUUUGUUCUAAUUUCAGAUCUCUCACUCUGUGUAGCCUAUAGAAUUUCUUGUUUUUAUAUUGUUCCAGUACAUUCAUGCAUGCCUUUUUGUGUACCCUUUGCUUUGCUUCUUUUUUGUUGUUCUGUUAGCUAUCUAAUGGUAUUGGAUAAAGGUUUUUGCCUUAUAAGACAGUCAAAGACUUGUACGUUGUUCUGUUUACCUUUUGAUUCUUGAGUGUGCGAUGAAAUGGGUUUGGAUACUUUGAAGACUCUUCAUCAUUUCCGUGAAUAUCUCAGUCGGGGAGCAGCCGUUGGGUCAAGCCACCAGAUCUGCAUGUGUGCGCCUCAUCGUCACUCUGUCUGAGCCUUUGAACAAGGCUGUAAUGGAAUUGGGGGCCUCGUCCAGGCAGGCUCCUUUUUGUCUUUUGCUUAUUUCCUUCUCCUCCUUUAUUUGUUAUCAAGCAUUGGUAUGACGCCAUUGCUGCUGCUGUCAACAAGUCUGGUUAGUAGCAGAGAAUCUGUCUCUCCAGAUUGACAUGUAAAAAGAUUCUUAAAUAAACAACAUUAGUUUCCUGUA